GAGAGCUUGGAAGAGGUAUAACACGACACUUACUAGUCACUAGAACAUAAAGAUGAGGCUAACAAUGUUAUCAACAAAAUUGCUUUUGUGGUUCCUGUUUUUGUCUUGGUGCCACUUUGCCAUCUCAUGUGAGGCCAACCAAGAGGGUGAAUACCUCUACAGGUUCAUUCGAUCAAGGAGAUCUAAGAAAGGUUCAUAUGGAGAGGCUUCAAUGGCGACAAGUGGCCACGACCGACAUUAUUCGAAGGUUUAUGUUGUUGAGGAACAAAGUGGGUUGAGGGAAGGUGACAAAGUGAAGGCUUUGCCGGGACAACCACAAGGGGUGGAUUUUGAUCAAUAUGCUGGCUAUGUGACUGUGGAUGCAAAAGCAGGGAGAGCACUAUUCUACUACUUUGUGGAGUCACCUAACAACUCCUCCAACAAGCCUCUUGUUCUAUGGCUAAAUGGAGGGCCUGGCUGCUCUUCCUUUGGGUAUGGAGCCAUGCAAGAACUGGGACCUUUCAGAGUCAACAGCGAUGGAAAAACACUUCACAGAAAUCAAUAUGCAUGGAACAAUAUGGCAAACGUUAUUUUCCUAGAGUCUCCAGCAGGAGUUGGUUUUUCAUAUUCAAACACUUCUUCUGACUACCCUAAUACCGGUGACAAGAGCACAGCCAUGGACUCUUACACUUUUCUUCUAAAUUGGCUUGAGAGAUUUCCACAGUACAAAACUCGAGACUUGUUCAUCACUGGAGAAAGCUAUGCUGGACAUUAUGUCCCUCAGCUAGCUGACACUAUUCUCACUAAUAAUAAGCUUACCAAUCACACAGUGAUCAACCUAAAAGGGGUUGCGAUUGGGAAUGGGUGGAUAGAUGAUAGUAUGUGUGCAAAGGGAAUGUAUGACUAUUUCUGGACACAUGCUCUGAACUCUGAUGAAACACAUGAAGGAAUUCAAAGACAUUGUGACUUUGAGAGUGGUAACUUAACAAAUGAAUGCAGCAAAUAUCAAAAUAGUGGGGAUGAUGAAGUUGGAAACAUUAACAUAUAUGACAUAUAUGCUCCUCCUUGCGAUUCAGCAGCAGCAAAAGCUGGUGCCAGUCCUGCCACUAACUCUGACAGUAGUUUGGACCCUUGUUCUGACGAUUAUACCAACACCUACUUAAAUCUCGCUGAAGUACAAGAGGCUCUUCAUGCUAAAGCCACAGAAUGGUCUCCUUGCAGAGGGGUGGGAUGGACAGAUAGCCCAGCAACAAUUCUACCCACUAUAAAUCGGUUAAUAUCAAGUGGCAUAAACACUUGGAUUUAUAGUGGCGAUACAGAUGGGCGUGUUCCCAUAACAUCAUCUAGGUAUUCAGUAAAUGCCUUGAAACUCCCAGUGGUGACAACAUGGCGUCCAUGGUACUCUGGCAAUGAGGUUGGAGGAUACUUGGUUGUGUACAAAGGGCUCACACUCGUCACUGUAAGAGGAGCAGGGCACAUGGUUCCAAGUAACCAACCACAGCGAGCGCUAACCAUGAUCUCAUUUUUCCUUCGUGGAGAACUUCCUCCUAAAUAAACCUCUUAUGUCUAUUUGUGGUACAUAUCCUUAAAAUAGAUGUGAAAAUUUGAUGAGGUUCACAUGCAAAUUCAUCAUCAGCUCUAAUUAGAGGAGGCAAAUAGCUCCAAAGAUCGGUAUAUAUCCUUUCCAUAUCAGGGUAAAAAAUUCAAGGAUGUGUACAUAUGAUAAGUUACAUAAAUACAUUUAUCUGUCUAUUUGAAGGAAUACCACGCCGACUCUCAAUAUUCGAGCAGCAAAAUCUGGAAUUUUUAUCUCCUUUGAGAUUCUCUACUUAAAAGUUGAACUUUUAAGUUCAAGCAACUCAAUUACAAAUUCUUAAUUAAUACA